CCGUAUCUGAUUAGGUCGUCCCGCAAUACACGCAUGUAAACACUAAGGCUCACCGAGGAGGUACCAUAGCGCUUUACCUAGUGAUCAAGCUUGCCUUGAGUUCCACCCUGGCGCAGUACGGAGCAGCAUUGAGACAUGUCAUCACCUAUGUUCCUCCAACGACGCAUGCAUGGCGUGCAGGGAUGUCCGCACCAUAUACCACCAGAUUCACCUCACCCACAGGUUCCGCACGCAAGCCAUAUGCACCCUCCAGCAUUUCCCUCGAAGUUCCACGAAUGUUUUUCGUCUGUGUCGUCGACGGGUCAGACGGGUCAUACUUCACCUGCUUUGUUGACCUUGCGCAGAGCGAAUUGGGUCAGGUUAAUCUGUCCCGUCUUUUCGCUCCAUAUACUCCUCCAAUGCCCCGUCAUUGUCACAGAUACGAGCCCGGAAACGAGGUCCCCCUUGCGGUCAGACACAAGCUACGGGAAGAUCACGACCCCCAUUUAUAGAGCGCACUCACAUUCGUCCAUGCUUGAUACCCGGGACCACGGCAGUGCCAGCGUCUAUGAAGCACAUACGACGAGGACGCGGAAAUUGAACCCACAAGGGCGUGCGGACUGACGACGAGGUAUCGUUCUGUCCCUCAGAUGAGAAGACAGCCGGCAUGCAUACGAUGUACCUCGUCGAAUAGGGCCAGGCUCUGGAUAAGGUGGGAUGUUUUCUCGCUCAUAUUCCUACCUCCGGUAGGAAGAUACUUUCAAGUGAGAUGUUGGG